AUGCGUGUGGAAGCUGUGUGUACCACAUCGCCCCCGGAGCUUCCCAAGCCUGACCAGGAGGCCGAGCUGGACACGAAGCCCCGUGCUGAGAGCUGGGUUUAGGAGGCAGGCGCCGAGCCCUGGCCCGCGUUGUCGCUUGGGGCCAAGACCCAGCACCCCGGGGCCGCGUCCCUGGGGGCCGAGCCCGAGCUGGACUUCGUGGUAGCCACGGAGCAGGAGUUUGAGGAGGUGCUGGACAUCUCUGGGGGAAACUACCUGCCCAGCCGCUAUCACAUCUGGCUGCGGGACCCCGAGCGCAUGGUGGUGCUGGCCAAACGCGGGGGUCCGCAGGUGGCGCUGGAGUCGGUGCGAGUGAUUGACUCCGGCGAGACGGCGCUGGUGGAGGGGCUGAGGGUGGCGCCCUGGGAGCGCGGCAAGGGCGUGACGGGCCGGCUGCAGCGCUUCUGCUCCCGGCUGGCGCGGCGGCAGCACCCGGGGCUCAGGGUAGUCCCCCUGCUCCGAGACGACCGGCUGGGCCCCCGGGAGCUGGAGAAAUACCGCCUCAUCACCACGCAGGGCAUCCUCUCGCUCCGCUUGGACGCGUCAAGGCUGCUGGAGGGGCUGGGCGCGCGGCUGGGGGCGCUGCGGGCCUCCGGCACUUUCUCGCAGCUACCCACUGAGGCCUUGUUGGAGGCGGCGGGCGAGGUGGCGCGCCUGCUGCUGUCGCCGUCGGUGCAGCGCAACGUGCUGUAGGACAGGAUCAUCAUCCAGGACUGACACCCUUACCAACCGAGCGAGAGCAACCUGCAGCUGCUGGCGGCGCGGGGCCUGGAGUGGCGCGUGGACAGCCGCGAGCGCCCCCGGGUGCUGUCGGUGUGCACGCGCCCCUUCCCCAUCCCGCAUGGCGGUGAUGGCUCCUGGCGCUGCCUCUGCAUCGACGCCUUCGGCCUUGACAGCGAGCAGGUGCUGAGCCAGCUGUGUCACCUGCAGCGCCAGGCCCCGGGCCUCGCCGGCCUCAACGUAGUGUGCCAGCUCUUCCUGGCGCCCAAGCUGUGGGCACAGCUGUCCAACUUCUGCCAGGCCGGCCUGGGGCUCGAGCUGGUCAAGGCGUACACUGAGCAGCUCCUUCUGGAGACCGACAUCUGACAUCUCUUCUGGGGGCGGGGGUGGAGCUUCAUUUUAGACCUGCCCCCACCCCAGCUCCAGGAGCCCCGCCCACAUACAAACCAUGCCCCUUAACACUAAGCUGCAAGCUCCGCCCGAGGGCUCGGCCUCCUCUUCCCACCCUCACUGGUCUGCACCCCCUGCCUAUAGCGCCCCCUGCAUCGGAGCCCAGCUUUAGGGGCGCCCUCUUGCGCGCCUGCUGUUUGCUGCGCCCUAUUCCUGGCAAAGAACAGGGUUCCCUUACUUCAGGGGCCCCAGGGCCCUCCCCUUCCCCCCCCAACCCAGGGCCGUGGCUCUGGCCUGGGGUGGGGGUGGGGGGGUGGCAGACUGUCCUUUUUUCUGCUUCUCGAAGCUGCCUGCUCGCAGGCAGACACGAGGUGCCCCAAACUGACCUUUUCCCUGCCCUGGACUGAGCUCACUUGUGCCUCUAGAUCAAUGUCCUUUCCUCUCUACCCCACCAUCCUCCUGUUUCACGCCAACACCUAGGACUCUGCAUAACCUCCCCACCCCCUGCGUGCAACAAGGAGAGAGUCUGUGAUGCCUCCCACUGCCCCCCUCUAUUGAUGCCACCCCCUCCAACCAGACCACGGACCCUAGAGUCCGAGAAAGUUCCAGUAGAGAGUUGAGAAAAGUAGAGAGCUGCUCCCUCAGCCGGGUGUGAGGGUGACUUCUGGUUCUAAGUAGGGCGCCUUCGGGAGAGACUGGAAGUCUGGGACCCCCUCCCCCAGAUAUUUCUGGACUGCCCUCCCCACAGUCGUUGGCCCCAGGCUUCUUGGAGUCUGGCCAGUCUUCUGCUUUGCUGCUAUCAGAUACCAGCUGCACCUGCCCGGUCCCCGCUCUGCCAGGCUGGGGGGACGCGCAGCCUUAGAUAGGACUGAGUGGCUUCCAGGCCACUCUCUGUUGCAGGGACCCGGCAGCCGCCAUAAGCCGGGUACCGGGAACCCAUGGUUUUCCUAGGAAAGGACCUCGCGGUGACCAUGGCAACCUGGACUGGCUGGGCCUCGUGGACUGUCAGUGGGGGUUGGCCUGGGUGGGAGAGGUGGGCAGAGGAGGGCGCCAGGAGCUGGGAGAAGGUGGGCGGAACACACCCUUGCCCCCUCCCCCAGCCCCUCCUGCUGCUGCUGUGCUGUCUUAGUGU